CAGUGGCAGCCCUUGGAGUGAGGGAGAUGCUCUCCAAGUGACGGAGGAAAACUGCUGUCUACCCAAGAUAGAGCAAAGCUUGCUUCCUCUCGGAGUCCACCUUGUGCUGUACCUUAGAAUCAGGAAGCGCCUGGGUUUUGUCAGGCUCUCCUCCAGAAGAACGUCCGUUGUCUGGGCUCAUCCAUGCCGCUCUGCUCCGAUGAAUCCAAAUAACUUUGGAGACCCCGGGAAUCUUUGGCUCCCUUUCACAGGUGCUUCCGAGGAGCGUCGGCAUCGGAAAAUGAGCACAAAUGAAGCUGCAGGUAGCUUCCGCGGCAUCCUCUCAGGAAGCCCCAGGGGAUUCUGGGGAGGAACCAGGGUCAAGAUCCUGGAAGAAGAAGGUGCUCUUACUUGGGAUGUCCAGCGCUUCAAGGACUUUGGGUACCGGGAGGCCCAGGAGCCACGAGAGCUUUGCAGCAGACUCCACUGGCUUUGCCACCAAUGGCUGAAGCCCGAAAAGAACACAAAGGCUCAGAUGCUAGACCUGGUGCUCCUGGAGCAGUUCCUGGCUGUCCUGCCUUCAGAGAUGGAGAGCUGGGUGCGGGAGUGUGGAGCCGAGACCAGUUCCCAGGCGGUGGCCCUGGCGGAAGGCUUCCUCCUGAGCCAGGCAGAAGAGAAGCAGCAGAAAGUGCCUCAGUUGCAGGGAGACGGACCCUUUGUGGAGGUGACAACAAGCAAUGGAUUCUCCGGUCCCCCAGAAGAACUAGUUUUGGGUGGGAACUUUCAGGAGAAUCAAGGUGGAGAGAUUUUACCAGGGAGCAGAACCGUUUCUCUGAUGUUCAAUGAAAUGUCUGAGUUUUGUGGUGGAGCAGAAAAAACAACCGAACCUCCAGCUCAGGGUUCUGUCUCUUUUGAGGAGGUGGCUGUGUGUUUCACCGAAGAGGAGUGGGACCUUCUAGAUUCCAACCAGAGGGCCCUCCAUGGGGAAGUCAUGCUGGAGAAUGCAAGGAGUGUGGCCUCUCUAGAACUACCCAAACCAGAGUUUGUCUCCUUGCUGGAAGGAGAAGAUCCAUUCCUCUGGAAUUCUGAAGCAGGUGAUGGGCAGAAAACCAGGAAGUGCAUAGAGCCCCCUCUGAAGUACUUCAGUCAUAAUUUGCUUUCGAGUCCAUGCACAGGGGAGAAACCUUACAAAUGCUUCGAAUGUGGAAAGAGCUUCAGUAUGAGCAGCCACUUGCUUUCUCACCAGAGGACUCAUGCGGGGAAAAAGUCGUAUAAGUGCUUGGAGUGUGGAAAGAGCUUCACGCAGAACUUCAGCCUGACAGUCCAUCAAAGAACUCACACCGGGGAAAAACCCUACGAAUGCACGGACUGCGGGAAGUGCUUCAGCCGCAGCCAGCAUCUCAUUCAGCACAGAAGCAUCCACACAGGGGAGAAACCGUUUCGGUGCACCGACUGCGGGAAGUGCUUCAGCCGCAGCCAACACCUUGCCCAACAUCGAAGUAUCCACACCGGAGAGAAACCGUACAAAUGCACGGAGUGCGGAAGGCGCUUCAGCAAUAGCGGAAGUCUAAAUACACACCAGAGAACUCAUACGGGGGAGAAACCCUAUAAAUGCCUCGAGUGUGGGAAGAGCUUCAGCAAGAGCAGUAACCUCACGGCCCAUAAGCGGAUCCACACGGGGGAGAAGCCCUAUCAAUGCUUGGAGUGCGGGAAGAGCUUCAGCAAAAGAGGGAACCUUUAUAAACAUCAGACGAUCCACACGGGAGAAAAACCUUACACCUGCAUGGAAUGUGGGAAGAGUUUCCGGAUGAGUGGGAAUUUUUAUAAGCAUCAGAGAAUCCACACAGGAGAGAAACCCUAUGAGUGUCUGGAAUGUAGGAAGCGCUUUGCCCUUAAGCAUCAGUUGACUUCACAUCAAAAAACUCUUCACAAUGAGAAGCCCUAUCAAUGCAAGGAGUGUGGAAAGAGCUUCCGGAGCAGCAGUCACCUAACUUCCCAUCAUAGGAUCCACACAGGAGAAAAACCUUACAAAUGUAUAGAGUGUGGAAAGAGCUUUAGGCAACGGAGUCAUCUUAUUUCUCACAGAAGGAUCCACUCAGGUGAAAAACCAUAUACAUGCAUCGAGUGUGGAGAGAGCUUCAGGUUGAGCAGUCAGCUGACGUAUCACAUGUGGAACCACACGGGGGAGAAGCCGUAUAGUUGCGCGGAAUGCGGAAAAAGUUUUAGCAAUGUUAGUUCGCUCACGUGCCAUAAAACUAUCCAUACAGGAGAGAAACGAUACAAAUGCACAGAGUGUGGGAAAAGGUUCCGGAACAGCAGUCAUCUUACUUCCCAUAAAAGGAUCCAUACAGGGGAGAAACCGUAUAAAUGCGCGGAGUGCGGGAAGUGCUUCAGAGACAGCUCAGCCCUGGUGUCUCACAGAACCAUCCACACAGGAGAGAAACCAUACAAAUGUAUGGAGUGUGGAAAGAGUUUCAGCCAGGGAUACUCUCUUACGACCCACCAGAUGAUCCAUUCAGGGGAGAGACCAUACAAAUGUAUGCAGUGUGGAAAAAGCUUCAAAUGGAAUAGUCACCUUACGGCCCAUCAGAGGAUCCACACGGGAGAAAAACCAUAUAAAUGUGUGCAGUGCGGAAAGAGCUUCAAAAACAGGAGUAACCUCACCAGCCAUAAAAGGAUCCACACAGGAGAAAAACCGUAUAAAUGUACGGAGUGUGGAAAGUGCUUCAGAGGCAGUUCUGCCCUUAUUUGCCAUAAAACAAUCCACACGGGAGAAAAACCGUAUAAAUGUAUUGAAUGUGGCAAGAGCUUCAGCAGAGGCAGUUCCCUUACUUUCCAUAAAAGGAUUCACACGGGAGAGAAACCCUAUCAGUGUCUGGAGUGUGGAAAGAGUUUCAACCAGAGUAAUUCUCUUAUUUUCCAUAGUAGCGUCCACACCGGGGAGAAACCGUUUAAAUGUACAGAGUGUGGAAAGAGCUUCAGUAAGGAAGGUUGCUUUAUUUCCCAUAAAAGGAUCCACACAGGGGAGAAACCCUACCAAUGUAUGGAGUGUGGAAAGACAUUCCGAUUGAACAGUCAGCUUACAUCUCAUCAAAGGAUCCACACGGGAGAAAAACCAUAUCACUGUACGGAGUGUGGAAAGACAUUCCGAUUAAGCAGUGAUCUCACGUCCCAUAAAAGGAUCCACACAGGAGAGAAGCCGUAUGAAUGCAUGGGAUGCGGAAAGAGCUUCAAGCGGAGCAGUGACCUUACCUCCCACAAAAGGAUCCAUACUGGAGAAAGACCAUACCAGUGUAUGGAGUGUGGAAAGACCUUCACAAUGCGAUCGUCCCUAACUUCUCACAAAAGGAUCCACACGGGCGAGAAACCAUUUCAGUGCGCAGAGUGCGGAAAGAGCUUCCGUGAAAACGGAUCUCUCACGAUUCAUAAGAGGAUCCACACCGGAGAGAAACCGUAUCAGUGUAUGGAGUGUGGAAUGAGUUUCAGGUUACGCAGUCAGCUUGCGUCUCAUAAGAGUAUGCACAAGAGUUUAUCCGUAGAGCCUGGAUUGUAGGAGAAAAAAAAUGGCAUUGAUUAGAACAGGCAAAACCACCCCCUUCCCAGGGGCAAAAUUACCCUCUCCACUCAGCCACAGAAGGCCCAGGAGAACAGAUACUGAGUGGUGAGCAAAGGCUUUGACAAGCAAAGCCCAUAUAUGACAAGCCAUAAAAAUAUCCUUAGAAACUUAACUAUGUUCAUAUAAUACAUUGUUCACUUAAAUACAUCAUUAUUUUUGUAACUCUGUUCCAUUGCCCCAUGGAUUCCCUAUCUGACUUCACUAACCAAGGCACCCAUCACAUACAUGCUUAAUUCAAUUAUUUUUGACAAUCGUAUGUAUAUUCUAGUUUGUGCGAGUGUAUAAGGAGAGAUUUCCUCCCUUUUUAGAUUUUGCUUCUGCUGUCUGUAGUACUAUAAUAAAUAUAUUCUUUGGUGGACAACGUUCUAGUU